AUGUCUCAUUCUCAUUAUAAAGUGAACGAUGAUAUUUACGGGAAAAUAUUGAAAAGCAAUAAGAGUUCGUCUCCGAGUAAGAUACAGUACGAAGAAGUGUAUGAAGCUGUUGGUGGACUGGAUGCGCUGCUUGCCGACCUUCAGAACUCUAUCAACCCUGGCGCCCGUGUAGGCAGUCCAGGCGGCAGGAGUUCUCCAGGAGGAAGAACUGCGUCUCCUGGCAGGACCAGCUCUCCACUCGGUAGAGGCAGUUCCCCUGGUCGCCUGAGCUCACCAGGAGGCAGCCUGAACUCACCGUCUUCCACUGGAUAUGGCUCAAUAAAUGGAUCAAGGAAUAUAUCUUCGGAUUAUACUAAGCCUGCUUCGCCAACUUACCAGAACACGUCAUCUCUACACGAGAAAGUGCACCCAGUAAAAUACAACACAACACAAACCAGCUAUGGUAGCCACAACGCCUACAAUGCAGGACAACCUGCGUACAACACUGCACAGCCAGCGUACGGCAGGACAGCUUCAGACAGGAGUGGACGAGGACACCUCACUGAACUGGACACCCUACUCGAUGACCUGAGCAACGCCAGAUAUGGGAACUAUGUGGACAAGACUACGUCAUAUAGUGAGAGAAAUGUAACUGAUGGCUACGCUCGUACCAAUGGCACAGCCAGCCCGGCCUCCUCCCGACCCACAGUGGACUCUCUUCUGGACCAGCUCAGCGCAGACCUUCCUAAUGGCCGUGCAUCGACUUCACCAGUUCCGCCUCCAUCGCAGGGAGGCACUCUCCCCCGUCCAGGGACGAAGCAGGUGACGGUGACAGUUCAGGAGACGGUGGUGGAACCAGCUCAGUCGCAGCAACAGCCACCACCGACCGUCCCGGCUGUACGUCAUCACCACCACGCCUCCAACGCUACUAAAGAACUCGAUGAUCUGAUGGCUUCGCUCUCUGAUUUCAAAGUGAGCGGCACAGGAGCUGAAAGCGGUACCCACGUAUAUCGCGAAAAGCGUGCGUGGCAGGAACACUACCGCAGCAACCCGCGGCAACCAGAGUCCGCCUCUCUAGAGCAUAUGCUCGGAUCUCUCCGGGCAGACAUGAGCCGCCAAGGAGUACAAACCCCCCAGAAGGGAUGCUGCAACGCCUGCGAUAAGCCCAUCGUCGGACAGGUCAUCACCGCGUUGGGUCGCACGUGGCACCCUGAGCACUUCACCUGCGCUCACUGCAACCAGGAGCUGGGCACCAGGAAUUUCUUCGAGCGUGAUGGCAGGCCUUACUGCGAGCCUGACUACCACAACCUAUUCUCACCCAGAUGUGCUUACUGCAAUGGACCAAUCCUCGACAAAUGCGUAACUGCUCUGGAAAAGACUUGGCACACAGAACAUUUCUUCUGUGCCCAGUGUGGCCAACAAUUCGGUGAGGAUGGUUUCCACGAGAGGGAUGGCAAGCCAUAUUGCCGCAACGACUACUUUGACAUGUUCGCACCCAAGUGCGGCGGUUGCAACAAGCCCAUCAUGGAGAACUACAUCUCAGCACUGAACACACAAUGGCACCCUGACUGCUUCGUAUGCAAGGAGUGUCGCGAGCCCUUCCACGGAGGAUCUUUCUUCGAACACGAAGGUCAGCCGUACUGUGAGACUCACUACCAUGGGAAACGGGGCUCCCUCUGUGCCGGCUGCCACAAACCAAUCGCCGGCCGCUGCAUCACAGCCAUGUUCAGGAAAUUCCACCCAGAACACUUCGUAUGCGCCUUCUGCCUCAGACAACUCAAUAAAGGCACCUUCAAAGAACAAAACGAUAAACCAUACUGCCAUACAUGCUUUGACAAACUCUUUGGUUAA